ACUGCGAAUAGCAAAUACGUUCUAUGCACGACGUCUGUCAAUCAGUUGUCAGCUGUUGUUACGUUUCUUUUUGAUUUUAUUGCUGUGGUUGUUGUCAUGAUUGAAUCUUCCUAUUUCGUUAAAAAUGAAGGAAAUUCGAUACGAAAUAUGGAGUUUUAUCAUAUUUCAGAGGUGAUUCCGGUUUUGUUUUAAGACUUCCAUUUACCUUUGGAAGAAAGUUCACUGUGAUUCUGCGAGCAAAGCGUUUGUUUUGAGGCACAAUGCCGAGGAAGAAGAAGUCCGUGGGGACCAAGCUCAUGGAGAAGCGCAUGUACGGGCGGCGCGCCAGAGCGUCGCGGCAAGCGCUGGAGACGGAGGAGGAGGGGGUGCAGCGGCGGGCGCGGGCCGCGGAGCACACGCGGGCCUGGCGCGAGCGGGUCCUGGCGCAGCGGGCCGCGGAGCUGGAGGAGGCGCGGGCGCAGCGCUGGUGCGAGCAGGCGGCAGAGGCGGCGGCCAGGCUCCAGCCCCGCCCGCUGGCCCUGCGCCCAGUGCUCGCCGUGCAGGUCGACGACGACGAGGGGCUCGGCGAGGAGCCGACCGGAGGCGAGGCCGACGAGGACCAGCCCGGCCCGGUCAAGGACCCUUUCUCGGGACGGGCGUUGGAAGGGCUGACCGUGGAGGUCGACAUCGAGGAGGCCGGAGUCAAGGAGGAGGAGGAGGAGGACGAGGACGCUUACCCCGGGUUGACGACGGAUGGCGUACCGCAGUUUCUGCACCCUGUCGUCCCCGAUGUCCAGACACAGAUACUCUCGCCUUGUUCACCUGACUUAUUACGCUUUCCGUCAAGGCCGGAGAUUCCAGAGAAAUACCGGAAAAACCUCUUGAAAAAUACUCCCCCGUACCCUCCCCCACCAGGGGGACACCUCGAAUGGUGCAAGGACCUGCGGCAAUGGAUUAAGGUCAUACCAAAAACUUUCACAUUGCGCUGUCCCUUGUCGAAAAGUUCAGCUGGCAACUAGUUUUAGGAAUCCUGUUUCGUCGUGUAAUUACUUUUUAAUAAUUAAAUCAAGUUUUGUAAAGUA